AGUCAGCUCCCUUUGUUAGACAUUCGCCUGUUUUAAAUAGCACAACUUUGGGUUUUGAUUGAGUUGUGUUUUCGACAAUACACAAGUAGCUAGCGUCAAUACAUCCCAUGGUGAAUGUUUUUGUAUACAAAAAAGAAGAAAGGAAGUCAUUAAAUGGCUUCCUGCAAGAACACUAUACUUCUUUUGGAGCCAUUCUACACUGGCUCACACCGCCAGCUGAUGGACCUACUGCACGCUGAGAUACCCGGAAGUAGUCUUGUAACCAUGACAGGGAAGAAAUGGCAUUGGAGAGCACGCACGGGGGCCCUGUACCUCAGCCAGACAAUUCCAAGAUCACACUGCUUCAGGACAUUAUUUGCCAGCUCCGUGUUGAACCUGGCGGAGUUGAUUGCACUUCGCCCUGAUCUUUCACCUCUAAAAAAGGUCCUGUACUUCCACGAGAACCAGCUCACAUAUCCCGUACAGGCGCACAAACAGCGACCAGAGAGGGACUUCCAGUAUGGCUAUAACCAAAUCAUGUCAUGUUUAGUCGCGAAUCAAGUGCUAUUCAACUCUGAGUUCAACAAGACAUCAUUCUUGGCCAACAUCAAGUCAUUCUUUAAGCUUAUGCCAGACCAUCAUCCUUCAGGCCUAGCUGACCAGAUAUCGCCAAAGUGCCACGUUUUAAACUACCCUAUAGUGUUUCCGGAAACAGUGCCUGAAGUAAAUAACGUUGGAAGUGCAACAGGGGACGUUACAAGUAACAUGCUAUGUGCUAGUCAAAAUAAAGAAGAUUGUGUAAAACAUGCACACAUAAGCGGAACAAAACGGUUAAAGAAAGAUGAUUCACCAUUGCAUAUAGUUUGGCCCCAUAGAUGGGAGCAUGACAAGAACCCAGAGUCAUUUUUCCAGGCGAUGUUGCAGCUACAGGCAGCAGGAUGUGACUUCCAGUUGUCAGUCAUCGGUGACCAGUAUUCAGAAGUCCCAGCCAUUUUCGAAGAAGCCAGUUCACAGCUCAAGGAUAAAAUACGGUACUGGGGUUUUCAGAAGACACGUGGGGAGUACUUCCGGGUACUGCAUGAGGCGGAUGUUGUCGUGUCCACAGCCAAUCACGAAUUCUUCGGUGUUGCCAUGUUGGAGGCAGUACACUGUGGUUGCUACCCUUUGGUUCCUAACAGACUUGUGUAUCCAGAAAUAUUUCCAGAUGAGAACAUUUACAAUACAGACAACCAGUUGUUCAAAAGACUAAGAGAUUUCUGCAAGAACCCGAGUAUGCUGAGGCGAAAAGAAAUUAAGAUCAAUACAAACCGGUAUAGUUGGGCCUCACUUCGGGCUCAAUUCCUAGAGAUUCUGGAACCUCCAACCACUCCUGCAGCAACAGCCGAUACCAGCAGGAACGGACAUUUGGCAGAAAAUGCAGAUAUCAAUGCGAGCAAUGUGUGAAAAGAUCCCUUUAAGAUGGUUUGCUUUUCGUGAAUUGCUGCCUGUUUAACUAUCCAAUGAAUUUCGUUAACGUUUUAACAAUGCAUACCUUCAAUUUGAUAGUUUUUGUUUGUAUGUAAUGGUUUUUUCCCCUUUGAUCACUAAAGGGAUCUUUUCACGCUUAGGUAAAUUGACAAAAUUGAAAGAAGUUGUUUCAGAUUCGCACAUUUUCGUUUUAGUUAUGAUAUUUGUGAGGAAACAGUAUUACUGAACAUUUACCAUGGUCUAAUAUAGCCAUUAUAUGCAUCUUUUGACGAUUUUAAAACCUAAAAAUUAUAAAGCGUUGCAACGCGAAACGAUUGAAUAAUUUGGAGAGUUCUGUUUUUGUCGUUAAAUUUUGUGAAACUACGAAGAUUGCUUAUAUAAUGUAUAAAAUACGUCAAGUAUGUAUAUUCGGCGGAAUAGCUCAGUAGGCUUAAGCGUUUUUACUUCAACUCUCUGGCAGGACUCCAGGGGUCACUGGUUCAAAACCUGCUCCGGGCAAUGUUCUUUUCCUUUUUUAAAUUUUAUUCUUGAUUUUUUACUGGAGCUUUUACGAUCCAAUGUUUACAUUUAUCAAUAUAAAGUAUUUAAUGAAUAAGUUAAAAAAUGCCAAAAUCUGUGAAAAUAUCGAUCAUUACAAUCAAGGUUUACUAAAUAUGUGUCGUCGAAAUAGUUUAAUUUUGAAAUGGCUUGAUAAUAACCCCUAUUUCACCAUGUUUUAGACGGCAGUUUUGCAAUCAAAUGUUGCACUCGGAAUAAUUAUUUGUUAAAAAUAUAAUAUGAUGUUUAUUAUAUGAUUUAUUUGUAUUAUUUUAAUACCGGCCUGUUCUUAUAUUUAACUACAUAAAACAAGGGGAAAAGAGAAAAAUACUUUUUCACACCUCCAAAUCUUUGCUCGUUGAUAGGCUCGUGUUUCUAUAAGUUGUUUCAUAUACCAGAAACCUAUACAUAUACCUGUUUGUAUAGGUCCCUGCAUAUACUUAAAUAUUCAUAACUGAAAUGACAACAUGUUUAAACAGAUAUGCAAAUAUUCAUAUUAAAAUUGCAUCGCAAAAGUCAAA